GAGCGCAAGGCCAUCAUUGAUGAUAUCAGCGGUGUCACAAGAGACCGUAUUUAUGGCUUUUCUGAUUGGAAUGGCAAAAAUUUUACUGUCGUAGACACAGGAGGAUUUGUCAAAGGAUCAGAUGAUAUUUUUGAGGCAGCCAUCAGAAGACAAGUACAGAUAGCCAUAGAAGAGGCAGCUGCCAUCAUUUUUUUGGUCGAUGUGACCACAGGAAUUACAGACCUUGAUGAGGAGAUCGCUAGAAUGUUGCGUAAAAAUCCCAAAAGAGUCAUUCUUGCUGUCAAUAAAGUGGACAAUGCCCAAAGACAGAUGUUGGCCAAUGAAUUUUGGUCUUUAGGAUUUGAUGACACUAUCUUUAUUUCUUCCAUAUCAGGAGGCGGUACGGGUGACUUACUUGAUGUAGUGGCUGAUAUUCUUCCUGAAAAUGUCAGUGACGAAGCCAAUACUCAAGACGAUACCAUUCCAAAAAUUGCCAUCGUAGGACAGCCGAAUGUAGUACAUGAGAAACAAAGGAUCUUUAAAACGAUUGAGCUUGCUCUCGAAGUCAAUGCCAAUAGAAUACAAAAGAUCAAAACAUCUGUGCUCAAUGACAUCAUGCUUGAGAUUAUCGAACGGACACCACCACCAGCACACAGA